CAUUCAUGAUGGGACCGGAUAUGCCUGCAAAUUGCUUUCCGCGAUUUUUAUAAGCAGACGAUACAAAGUACAUGGUACUUUAUUAUAUACUGACUGAUUUGUUAUGGAUUGGUUCUGAGUUUAGUGUUACCUAUAUAAGAAAUCUUAAAUCUCCGGUACCCCUGUAUAUAUUAUUUUAUGUUCACCCAGACAAAUGUUUUAAACCGCAUACCUUUGAAACAUUACAUACAAACUUCCAUAUAUCUGAAGUAACAAAAUUUAUAAUCAGAGAUUCGAACCAAUCAAGAGAAAUAAGUGAUUAAACGACCUUUCAUUUCCAAUUAUUUUUGAUGCGCGGAAUGGUCAACAAUGAGACUUAAUUUCAACAAGGCGGUGAAAUACAAGUUGUCUGCAAGUUUUAACAUUUCAUUUUAAUGCUAUUUGCUCAGAAACUUAUACCACGUGCACUGGAAUCGAAUCGUUAUUGAUUCAAAAUCGUUAUUGAGUUAUAAAAAUCAGCCGGAAAAUUAUUCUACAAAAUCUGUGCAUGUUAAUUAAUUGACGAACAUGCAUAUAUUUCUAGAUUUGCUGACAGUAGCACACAUUAAGAUUUCUGUGACGUGCUAAAACAGUUUUAUUAUCUAUUGUUGUAGUGUUAUAUCCAUUUACGUAUUAUGCUUCUAUUUCUUAUAGAAAACUAACUUCUUGUUAUGAUUCAAAGCAAUUUUGUUAUCCCUAUCUACCAAUCAGAAUCACCAUGAUUGAAAGGACGCGAUCACGUGACCAGAACCCCCAGAAAAAUUGAUGCUUUCAAAGUGACCAGAACUCUGUGUAAAAAAUCUCAUAAAUUUUGGAAAUUUUAAAGUGUUUAAGAGGAUUUAAAUUGUGAAAUUUUAUAUAAAACGGAUUGUUGGAAAUACUAAAUACCGGUACUGUCAAAAUUUGAAUUGGAUGUUAUAAACUUGUGUCAGAUUUUGCGGAUUUUAACUGUGCCUUUGUUCGUGUAAAAAGUGUUUUAAUAUCAUGGCGGAAGGAACUGAUCCUGUUCCUAUCUCACAGAGUCAGAAUUUUAAUCUGCACUCUGGUGAGACGGAGUCUCUUCAGUUUUUGAAGCCUUUUCCGGCGCCUGGAGUCUCCUUGCCACAAUUAAAUUCUGAAAAUGGAGAAAAAUCAAGACACGGGAUAUUUAGAGUGCUUGCUGGCAUUUCGCCAGGCACCUCAGCUAGUACGGCUGACCUGGAUAUGCAAAUGAGCAAUCCUUUGUGUACGUCUGCAGAAAGCAGUGUGACCAGCGCUUAUCAGAUUCACGCUGGGCCAGGAGCUAUUUAUAGUCCGGACAAUUUAUGUAACCGCGCUCAGCCAAGUAGUCUCCAUGGAAACGUUUUCCCGGGAUGCAGCACGGCGACGAGAUCACCGUUUGAAACGGGAUUCAAUAUGGCCGCGCCCAUGAACAAUAACAUGUUAGCACUUUUGUUUGAACAAUAUAAAGAAACUAGGGAAUUAUAUAAGCAACAGCAGUCAACGUUAGAUAAACUAACCUCGGCGGUUAAUAAUGUUAUUAACACAGACAGGUCAGCAACGGGAGAGGACGACUGUGUUUCGGAUGACCAAUAUGAACCAGUCUCGUCCGACGAAGACGAAAAUCCCUCUGAUGAAGAACCGCCAUCGAAAAAACAAAAGUAUGAAUCAUCCUCAAAUAUUUCGGAUUCUAAAUUGAAAAAAUUAAAAUUUAUUGAGGCACAAUUUAGUAAACAAGAGGAAUUCGGUCCAAAAGUUCACGAAGUGGUAGGCUCCGCAGUCAACAAGGGUUUAGUGGAACCUGUAGAUCAUAAGGCCUCUCAAGUUCAAGACCUCCUGAAGAAGUAUAAUCGGCCAGAAAACUGUACAUCAUUACAAGUCUCAGUCGUAAAUAAAUUAAUAUGGUCAAGCAAACAAACCAGCAAAGACCUGAAACAGGGAGACAGAUCGUUUCAGAGAGUGCAAGGAUAUUUGACGAAAGGAAUGAUUCCUUUAGUUCAAAUAAUGAACAAAACACUAACCAUGGAUUCCGAGGAGGCAGAAGAGUUAUUUGAUCUUUCCUUAGACGCAUUCAAUUUAUUAGCUUAUUCGCAUCGUGAUUUAUCAUCCCAGCGGCGUCGGCUGUUGCUGCCGGCAAUAUCAUCGAGGUACUCGAGCUUAUGCAACGAAUAUGAAAAUGUGUCAUCGCCAACUAACUUAUUUGGUGAUGAAAAAGACUUGGAAAGGCGUCUGAAAGAGAUCGACGACAAUCAGAAGCUUGGGAAAAGUUUAGUUGUCACAAAUGACAGACCUAGACAGCUUAAGACAGGACCCAGGUGGGGGGCAAAACCUCAACACUCCAGGACAACACAUGGUCGGGAUUUUUUAGGGAAAAGGGCCCUGAACCAACACCGGGUUGCACACACACACCAGCGCAUGGGCAACCGAAAAGUGGAACAGGGCCAGAAAAAACAGCACAAAUUUUAAAUUGUGAUUGGU